AUGGUUGAGACUUCCGAAGAGGCUCGGCAAGAUUCAGAGGCGAAUGGAGCCUCUUCUCGCGGCAUGUGGUUGGGAGGCAUUAGAGGAUUCAUCCCGUUCCCGUCCAGUUGCUGCACCGAACUGAUUCUCCUUUUGAAGCUGGCAGGACCUGUGACCCUUUCCCAGUUGAUGAUCUACUUGAUCAACAUUAUCGGCCUGGUGUUUUGCGGUCAUCUCGGGAAAACACAACUUUCAGCUGUAUCACUGGCAACUGCGAUGGUUAGUGUGACUGGCAUUACCGUUGGGAGUGGCUUGUCAUUGACUUGUGACACCCUUAUACCUCAGACCAUUGGAAGUGGAAACCCGACGCGCGUGGGGCUGAUCCUUCAGAGAGGGGUUCUGAUUAUCAUUCUGGCGUGUUUCCCCUGCUGCGCUGUUCUCAUCUAUACUGAAACCUUUUUACUUGCCGUUAAACAGAGCCAUGAGGUUGCCAGUCUGGCACAAGCGUAUGUGAACAUCGUCAUGGCUUCUCUGCCAGCGGCAUUUAUGUACCAGCUGCUGGGAAGAUAUCUUCAGAACCAGGGAAUUAUUUGGCCUCAAGUCGUAACCGGUGUAAUUGGAAACAUUUUAAACGCAUUCAUCAAUUAUGUUUUCCUCCAUCUUCUGCAACUGGGAGUUCCUGGUUCCGCUGCCGCCAAUUCAAUCUCACAGUACGUGUUGGCUGUGGUCUUAUUUAUUUACAUUAAUUGGAAGGGGUUGCACAAGGCCACGUGGGGAGGCUGGUCUGUCGACUGUUUACAAGAGUGGGGACCAUUUGUUAAGAUGGCCAUCCCGAGCAUGCUCAUGCUUUGUCUGGAAUGGUGGCUAUUUGAAGUAGGAGGAUUCAUUGCUGGUAUAAUUAGUGAAAUAGAGCUCGGAGCCCAGUCCGUUACAUAUCAGCUCACAGUUGUAGCUUACAUGUUCCCACUUGGAAUUUCUGCAGCUGUUAGUGUUCGAGUAGGGAAUGCGCUUGGUGCAGGAAACAUUGAGCAAGCCAAGCUGUCAAGCAAAGUUUCCAUCAUCUGUGCAUUUAUCGUGGCCUUUUUUGUUGGUCUUACCAUCACCCUUGCCAAAAGUGUCAUUGGCUACAUUUUCACCUCAGACCUAGAAAUUUUGAAACGGGUUGCUGAAAUCUUGAUUGUUUUCGUCUUCUUGCAUCUUUCUGACGCUGUUGCGGGUGCGUGUGGAGGUGUCAUCCGAGGAGUUGGGAAACAAAAGGUUGGUGCUCUUUGUAACCUGGUGGGACACUACUUCAUUGGCUUUCCCAUUGGCUUGGCCUUAACCUUUGCGGCAAAAUUGAACAUCCUAGGGCUUUGGAUAGGUCUUACUCUCUGUGUCUUCAUGCAGGCUACUUUCUUACUGUUUUAUCUAUACAAACUAGAUUGGAGUAAGGCUGCCGAAAAGGCUAAAAUUAGAGCCGGGGUCCAGGUCCCCUAUGACGACACGGUCAAGACAGAAGAUUGCAAGUUCGAUGGCUGA